CUGGCGCUCUGUCCAAUGGAAGCGCUGAUUUCUGAUACCGGGGAUUUGCAUAAGGCCCCUAUAAAUAAGGGAGCAAUCGCGGUCUCGGGCACUCCGGUGCGACAGAGCAGCCAGGAAGUGUUUGCAGUCAUGCCCGAGCCGGCCAAGUCCGCGCCCGCGCCCAAGAAGGGCUCCAAGAAGGCGGUCACCAAGACGCAGAAGAAGGGCGACAAGAAGCGCAAGAAGAGCCGCAAGGAGAGCUACUCCAUCUACGUGUACAAGGUGCUGAAGCAGGUGCACCCCGACACGGGCAUCUCCUCCAAGGCCAUGGGCAUCAUGAACUCCUUCGUCAACGACAUCUUCGAGCGCAUCGCCGGCGAGGCCUCGCGCCUGGCGCACUACAACAAGCGCUCCACCAUCACGUCGCGGGAGAUCCAGACGGCCGUGCGGCUGCUGCUGCCUGGCGAGCUGGCCAAGCACGCCGUCUCCGAGGGCACCAAGGCUGUCACCAAGUACACCAGCUCCAAGUAGGGCGCCUCGGACCGUCACUUUCAACCCAAAGGCUCUUUUAAGAGCCACCAAAUUUUUCAAAUAAAAGGGCUGAAUCACUAUUA